GAGCGCCCUCUCGCGGCUGUAGACGAUAAUGUUUUCUCUUGGUAAACAUGUUUCUGUAAAUAUAUCAUUUAUUAAUAUUGUUUUUUUAAAUAUGUAUUUCUUUCUUCAGUUUUAAUAGUUUUAAUCUAAAAAAUUAUGUAAUUUAAUAUAUUCAGGAAGUGGCCAUGUUGUACUAUGACCUUUGCAUCUUAAACAUUUGUUUUUUUGUAACAGUAUAAGUACUUUGUAGAUUAAAUAAUGAAAUAACAUCUGUUCACUUACAGUUCUUAAAGAGCUGUCUGUAAAUAGAUAUGUUCUUGUAAAAAUUUUUCUGUAAAAUUAUAUUUACACAUAUACGUCCUUGGUUUUUUAUUUUUAAAUGAGACCCUGCAGUCUUUGGUCCAAAGUGUAUAAAGAGUCUAUUUGAUCAAGUCCAGUAAGUUAAUUAUUUACUAAGGAGAUACUGUAGUUUUAGGUCAAUUGUAUCUUAUGUUUCGUAGAGCUAACAUAAUCUUGAACAUCAGCUUUAGAAACAAAUGUAUCCAGUCAUUUUCAAUUUACUUUAACUUCAAGUGAUGGAGAGAUUGGUUUAUAUGUUAGAAGUAAACAAAGUAAAGAUUUCUUGACUCUUGGUGGAACUAAAUGUACUGUGAAACUCAGAAAAAUGGACUUUGGUGAUGCUCAACAUCUCUCAGAGCUGAGGAUUGUGUUAAUGGGGUAUAGAAGAGCUGGUAAGAGUUCAGCAGGAAACAGCAUCCUGUGCAGAGAGGAGUUUGACUUGAAGAGAUCUGCUCAGUGUGUGAGGAGACAUGGAGAAGUAGCAGACAGACACAUCACUGUCAUUGAAGCUCCAGGAUGGUGGAGGAAUUACACUGUAGAGAAGAGCCCUGAGUUACUGAAACAGGAGAUUGUGUUCAGUGUGUCUCUGUGUCCUCCAGGACCACACGCUGUACUACUGAUCAUACCUGUGGACACUGGAUUUAAAGAGACUGAGAGAAAAGCAGUGCAGGAGCAUCUGGAUCUUCUCGGUGAGAGAGUCUGGAGUCACACUAUAGUGCUGUUCACUGGUGGAGACUCUCUGUCAGACACAUCUAUAGAGCAGUACAUUGAGAGUGAAGGACAGGAUCUCCAGCUGCUGCUGGACAAAUGUGGAAACAGAUAUCAUGUUCUCAACAAUCAGAACAGGAGCGACGACACUCAGAUCAAGGAGCUGCUGGAGAAGAUUGAGGAGACAGUGGCACUAAACAACGCAUGUCAUUUUGAAAUAGACAGAAAGAUUUUACAGGAGAUGAAAGAAAGAAGAAGAGAAGCAGAAGAGAGAGCAAAAGAACGAAUGAAGAGGAUGAAAAAACAGAGAGAUGACAUCAGAUCACAGAUGAGUGAUGCUCAACAUCUCUCAGAGCUGAGGAUUGUGUUAAUGGGGUAUAGAAGAGCUGGUAAGAGUUCAGCAGGAAACAGCAUCCUGGGCAGAGAGGAGUUUGACUUGAAGAGAUCUGCUCAGUGUGUGAGGAGACAUGGAGAAGUAGCAGACAGACACAUCACUGUCAUUGAAGCUCCAGGAUGGUGGAGGACUUACACUGUAGAGGAGAGUCCUGAGUUACUGAAACAGGAGAUUGUGUUCAGUGUGUCUCUGUGUCCUCCAGGAUCACACACUGUACUACUGAUCAUACCUGUGGACACUAGAUUUAAAGAGACUGAGAGAAAAGCAGUGCAGGGGCAUCUGGAUCUUCUCGGUGAGAGAGUCUGGAGUCACACUAUAGUGUUGUUCACUCGUGGAGACUCUCUGUCAGACACAUCUAUAGAGCAGUACAUUGAGAGUGAAGGACAGGAUCUCCAGCGGCUGCUGGACAAAUGUGGAAACAGAUAUCAUGUUCUCAACAAUCAGAACAGGAGCGACGACACUCAGAUCAAGGAGCUGCUGGAGAAGAUUGAGGAGACAGUGGCACUAAACAACAGCUGCCAUUUUGAAAUAGACAGAAAGAUUUUACAGGAGAUGAGAGAAAGAAGAAGAGAAGCAGAAGAGAGAGCAAAAGAACGAAUGAAGAGGAUGAAAAAACAGAGAGAUGACAUCAGACCACAGAUGAGUGAUGCUCAACAUCUCUCAGAGCUGAGGAUUGUGUUAAUGGGGUCUAGAAGAGCUGGUAAGAGUUCAGCAGGAAACAGCAUACUGUGCAGAGAGGAGUUUGACUUGAAGACAUCUGCUCAGUGUGUGAGGAGACAUGGAGAAGUAGCAGACAGACACAUCACUGUCAUUGAAGCUCCAGGAUGGUAUAGGAAUUACACUGUAGAGGAGAGUCCUGAGUUACUGAAACAGGAGAUUGUGUUCAGUGUGUCUCUGUGUCCUCCAGGACCACACGCUGUACUACUGAUCAUACGUGUGGACAUUAGAUUUAAAGAGACUGAGAGAAAAGCAGUGCAGGGGUAUCUGGAUCUUCUCGGUGAGAGAGUCUGGAGUCACACUAUAGUUUUGUUCACUCGUGGAGACUCUCUGUCAGACACAUCUAUAGAGCAGUACAUUGAGAGUGAAGGACAGGAUCUCCAGCGGCUGCUGGACAAAUGUGGGAACAGAUAUCAUGUUCUCAACAAUCAGAACAGGAACGACGACACUCAGAUCAAGGAGCUGCUGGAGAAGAUUGAGGAGACAGUGGCACUAAACAACGGCUGCCAUUUUGAAAUAGACAGAAAGAUUUUACAGGAGAUGAGAGAAAGAAGAAGAGCAGCAGAAGAGAGAGCAAAAGAACGAAUGAAGAGGAUGAAAAAACAGAGAGAUGACAUCAGAUCACAGAUGAGUGAUGCUCAACAUGUCUCAGAGCUGAGGAUUGUGUUAAUGGGGUCUAGAGAUGCUGGUAAGAGUUCAGCAGGAAACAGCAUACUGUGCAGAGAGGAGUUUGACUUGGAGACAUCUGCUCAGUGUGUGAGGAGACAUGGAGAAGUAGCAGACAGACACAUCACUGUCAUUGAAGCUCCAGGAUGGUGGAGGACUUACACUGUAGAGGAGAGUCCUGAGUUACUGAAACAGGAGAUUGUGUUCAGUGUGUCUCUGUGUCCUCCAGGACCACACGCUGUACUACUGAUCAUACCUGUGGACACUAGAUUUAAAGAGACUGAGAGAAAAGCAGUGCAGGGGCAUCUGGAUCUUCUCGGUGAGAGAGUCUGGAGUCACACUAUAGUGCUGUUCACUGGUGGAGACUCUCUGUCAGACACAUCUAUAGAGCAGUACAUUGAGAGUGAAGGACAGGAUCUCCAGCGGCUGCUGGACAAAUGUGGGAACAGAUAUCAUGUUCUCAACAAUCAGAACAGGAACGAAGACACUCAGAUCAAGGAGCUGCUGGAGAAGAUUGAGGAGACAGUGGCACUAAACAACGCAUGUCAUUUUGAAAUAGACAGAAAGAUUUUACAGGAGAUUAAAGAAAGAAGAAGAGCAGCAGAAGAGAGAGCAAAAGAACGAAUGAAGAGGAUGAAAAAACAGAGAGAUGACAUCAGACCACAGAUGAGUGAUGCUCAACAUCUCUCAGAGCUGAGGAUUGUGUUAAUGGGGUCUAGAGCUGCUGGUAAGAGUUCAGCAGGAAACAGCAUCCUGAGCAGAGAGGAGUUUGACUUGAAGAGAUCUGCUCAGUGUGUGAGGAGACAUGGAGAAGUAGCAGACAGACACAUCAUUGUCAUUGAAGCUCCAGGAUGGUGGAGGAAUUACACUGUAGAGGAGAGCUCUGAGUUACUGAAACAGGAGAUUGUGUUCAGUGUGUCUCUGUGUCCUCCAGGACCACACGCUGUACUACUGAUCAUGCGUGUGGACACUAGUUUUAAAGAGACUGAUAGAAAAGUACUGCAGGGGUAUCUGGAUCUUCUCGGUGAGAGAGUCUGGAGUCACACUAUAGUUUUGUUCACUUGUGGAGACUCUCUGUCAGACACAUCUAUAGAGCAGUACAUUGAGAGUGAAGGACAGGAUCUCCAGCGGCUUCUGGACAAAUGUGGGAACAGAUAUCAUGUUCUCAGCAAUCAGAACAGGAGCAACGACACUCAGAUCAAGGAGCUCCUGCAGAAGAUUGAGGAGACAGUGGCACAAAACAACGGCUGCCAUUUUGAAAUAGACAGAAAGAUUUUACAGGAGAUGAAAGACAGAAAAAGAGAAGCAGAAGAGAGAGCAAAAGAACGAAUGAAGAGGGUGAAAAAACAGAGAGAUGACAUCAGACCACAGAUGAGUGAUGCUCAACAUCUCUCAGAGCUGAGGAUUGUGUUAAUGGGGUAUAGAGCUGCUGGUAAGAGUUCAGCAGGAAACAGCAUCCUGGGCAGAGACGAGUUUGACUUGAAGACAUCUGCUCAGUGUGUGAGGAGACAUGGAGAAGUAGCAGACAGACACAUCAUUGUCAUUGAAGCUCCAGGAUGGUGGAGGAAUUACACUGUAGAGGAGAGCUCUGAGUUACUGAAACAGGAGAUUGUGUUCAGUGUGUCUCUGUGUCCUCCAGGACCACACGCUGUACUACUGAUCAUACCUGUGGACACUGGAUUCAAAGAGACUGAUAGAAAAGUACUGCAGGGGCAUCUGGAUCUUCUCGGUGAGAGAGUCUGGAGUCACACUAUAGUGCUGUUCACUCGUGGAGACUCUCUGUCAGACACAUCUAUAGAGCAGUACAUUGAGAGUGAAGGACAGGAUCUCCAGCGGCUUCUGGACAAAUGUGGGAACAGAUAUCAUGUUCUCAGCAAUCAGAACAGGAGCAACGACACUCAGAUCAAGGAGCUCCUGCAGAAGAUUGAGGAGACAGUGGCACAAAACAACGGCUGCCAUUUUGAAAUAGACAGAAAGAUUUUACAGGAGUUGAAAGAAAGAAGAAGAGAAGCAGAAGAGAGAGCAAAAGAACGAAUGAAGAGGAUGAAAAAACAGAGAGAUGACAUCAGACCACAGAUGAGUGAUGCUCAACAUCUCUCAGAGCUGAGGAUUGUGUUAAUGGGGUCUAGAGCUGCUGGUAAGAGUUCAGCAGGAAACAGCAUCCUGAGCAGAGAGGAGUUUGACUUGAAGAGAUCUGCUCAGUGUGUGAGGAGACAUGGAGAAGUAGCAGACAGACACAUCACUGUCAUUGAAGCUCCAGGAUGGUGGAGGAAUUACACUGUAGAGGAGAGCUCUGAGUUACUGAAACAGGAGAUUGUGUUCAGUGUGUCUCUGUGUCCUCCAGGACCACACGCUGUACUACUGAUCAUACCUGUGGACACUGGAUUCAAAGAGACGGAGAGAAAAGCAGUGCAGGGGCAUCUGGAUCUUCUCAGUGAGAGAGUCUGGAGUCACACUAUAGUGCUGUUCACUCGUGGAGACUCUCUGUCAGACACAUCUAUAGAGCAGUACAUUGAGAGUGAAGGACAGGAUCUCCAGCGGCUUCUGGACAAAUGUGGGAACAGAUAUCAUGUUCUCAACAAUCAGAACAGGAGCGAAGACACUCAGAUCAAGGAGCUGCUGGAGAAGAUUGAGGAGACAGUGGCACAAAACAACGGCUGCCAUUUUGAAAUAGACAGAAAGAUUUUACAGAAGAUGAAAGAAAGAAGAAGAGAAGCAGAAGAGAGAGCAAAAGAACGAAUGAAGAGGAUGAAAAAACAGAGAGAUGACAUCAGAUCACAGAUGAGUGAUGCUCAACAUCUCUCAGAGCUGAGGAUUGUGUUAAUGGGGUCUAGAGCUGCUGGUAAGAGUUCAGCAGGAAACAGCAUCCUGGGCAGAGAGGAGUUUGACUUGAAGAGAUCUGCUCAGUGUGUGAGGAGACAUGGAGAAGUAGCAGACAGACACAUCAUUGUCAUUGAAGCUCCAGGAUGGUGGAGGAAUCACAUUGUAGAGGAGAGUCCUGAGUUACUGAAACAGGAGAUUGUGCUCAGUGUGUCUCUGUGUCCUCCAGGACCACACACUGUACUACUGAUCAUACGUGUGGACACUAGAUUUAAAGAGACUGAUAGAAAAGCAGUGCAGGGGCAUCUGGAUCUUCUCGGUGAGAGAGUCUGGAGUCACACUAUAGUUUUGUUCACUUGUGGAGACUCUCUGUCAGACACAUCUAUAGAGCAGCACAUUGAGAGUGAAGGACAGGAUCUCCAGCGGCUGCUGGACAAAUGUGGGAACAGAUAUCAUGUUCUCAACAAUCAGAACAGGAGCGAAGACACUCAGAUCAAGGAGCUGCUGGAGAAGAUUGAGGAGACAGUGGCACAAAACUACUUCGCUAUUAGGAGGAAGAUCAGCCUUAUUAAAAUACAAGGAAUGGAUAAUAGAAUAAAAUCAGAAGAGCAAAUGCAGCCAUGGAGAGACGACGUCAAAUCACAGUGCUUUAGUGGUGCUGAAGGAUCAGAUUCGUGCUCUCUGGCAAGUUCUGCUUACGGUUCAUUCAGAUCCUCUGAAGCUGACAUCAGCUCAAUUUAUGGGUCUUCACAGUCCAUGGAUACCUCUCUCAUAAGCCGAUUCAAGUCAGGGGUCAGGAAAACAUUUAAUAGCAUGGAACUCACACCACCAUUGAUGAGUAGAGAUGAAAGGUUGAACACAUUGGAAAGUUCUGCGAGUUCAUUUAUAUCUCAAUCAGAAGCUGACAUCAGAUCAUCAUAUUCCAGAGAUUCAUAUCACACAAGAAAAUAUGAGUCCAAUGUCCUGAAUACACAUAACAGCAUGGAAAUCAUACCUCCACUGAUGAGUGGAGAUGACAGGUUGGACACGAGGUCUGUGGGAAGUUCUGCUUACGGUUCAUUCAGAUCACUAUCAGGAGCAGACAGCGGUUCAGUUUUUAGCUCAUCACGCUUAAAAGUCUCAUCUCACAGCUCAGGAUUUGGGUCUGUGCAAACCAUUUCUGAGUCUGUUAAAGAUCCAGAACCCAACAGAGCAGAGGAUGUGCCCAAGAUCUCAAAACAUGAGCAUAAAGACACUGACUGAAGUGAUGUCUGAAUAAUCCCGUUUUUGUAAUUCUGACAUAAUGUUUAAGUGUAAAAUAUACAAAACUUUUUAAAGGAAUAAUCUGAUUAUUCUAAAACAGAACAAAGGGUAAUUUUUUGGUUAUAAUAUCAUAAUACAUUUUCUUCAGAUUGAUCAACAAUAUCUACAUUUUUCGGAGGUUUAUAUACAUAAUUUUCAGUAACAGCUCCCAAUGUUGUUUUUUCGGUCAGACCUGAAAAAUAUGGAAAUGGUCAGCUAUAAAAGUGCCUGUUUGUAGUGCUUGUAUACUUCAUGGUAUCUCAAAUCCAUUCCUUUUGUGAUCUUAUAUUUUGUAUGUACAUGUAGUAUAAUCCCUAACUUGCCAAAGUAUCUGUAGAAAUCUGUAACACAAAAUGUGAUGUCGGUUAUAUCGAGUAUUUGAAAAACGUGUAUUGUAUUCUAUUAUAUAGUUAUUCUUAAAUACAUGCAUGCUUUAUAUUUUUUACCAAAACAUUCAUAAAGGAUGUACUUUUUAACUUUAA